CUCAUUGAUCAUUGAACAUUUUCUGAGUCUGAAAAGAUUCCAAUAUUUUCAAACACUCUGCCAUGGGAUAUGAUCAAACCAGAAAGCUCUCUGAUGAGUAUGAGAUUUCAGAGAUUCUAGGAAGAGGUGGAUUCUCUGUUGUCAGAAAAGGAACCAAAAAAUCAGGCAAUGAGAAAACCCAAGUAGCCAUCAAAACACUCAGAAGGUUAGGUAGUUCUCCCUCUGGGACAGGUGGUGGACAGAAGAGCACAGCAACUGUGAUGGGGUUCCCUUCUUUGAGACAGGUUUCAGUCUCAGAUGCUUUGCUCACCAAUGAGAUUCUUGUGAUGAGGAGGAUAGUGGAAAACGUUUCGCCACAUCCAAACGUGAUUGAUCUCUAUGAUGUGUGUGAGGACUCAAAUGGGGUGCAUCUUGUGCUGGAGCUUUGUUCUGGUGGGGAGCUGUUUGAUAGGAUUGUUGCACAGGAUAAGUAUGCUGAGACGGAAGCUGCCGCGGUGGUUCGCCAGAUUGCGGCGGGGCUAGAGGCGGUUCACAAGGCUGACAUUGUUCACAGGGAUUUGAAGCCUGAGAAUUGCCUUUUCUUGGAUUCCAGGAAGGACUCUCCUCUCAAGAUCAUGGACUUUGGGUUGAGCUCUGUUGAGGAGUUCACUGACCCUGUUGUUGGGUUGUUUGGAUCCAUUGAUUAUGUUUCACCAGAGGCUCUUUCUCAAGGGAAGAUCACUGCCAAGAGUGACAUGUGGUCUCUGGGAGUGAUUCUAUAUAUCUUGCUCUCUGGGUAUCCGCCUUUCAUUGCACAAAAUAAUCGCCAAAAACAACAAAUGAUAAUCAAUGGGAAUUUCAGUUUCUAUGAGAAGACUUGGAAGGGCAUUACCCAAUCAGCGAAGCAAUUGAUUUCAAGUCUUUUGACUGUUGAUCCAAGUAAGAGGCCUAGUGCUCAAGAGCUCUUGAGUCAUCCAUGGGUCAGAGGUGACAAAGCCAAAGAUGAGCAAAUGGACCCUGAGAUUGUCUCAAGGCUGCAGAGCUUUAAUGCAAGACGCAAACUCCGCGCAGCUGCAAUUGCUAGUGUUUGGAGCAGCACAAUCUUCCUGAGAACCAAAAAGCUGAGAUCCUUGGUAGGAACUUAUGAUCUCAAAGAAGAGGAAAUUGAAAGUCUCAGGAUACACUUUAAGAAGAUAUGUGGAAAUGGAGACAAUGCAACUCUGUCUGAGUUUGUGGAGGUGCUGAAAGCAAUGAAGAUGCCCUCAUUGAUCCCUCUAGCACCGCGUAUAUUUGACUUGUUUGACAACAACCGUGAUGGAACAAUUGACAUGAGAGAGAUACUAUGUGGGUUUUCUAGCCUCAAGAACUCCAAAGGAGAUGAUGCUCUCCGUUUGUGCUUCCAGAUGUAUGACACAGAUAGAUCAGGGUGCAUCACCAAGGAAGAAGUAGCAUCCAUGCUCUGUGCUUUGCCAGAGGAAUGUCUUCCAGCUGAUAUCACUGAACCUGGGAAAUUGGAUGAGAUAUUUGACUUAAUGGAUGCCAACAGUGAUGGAAAAGUUACAUUUGAAGAAUUCAAAGCUGCUAUGCAGAGAGAUAGCUCUCUCCAAGACAUGCUCCUCUCUUCUCUUCGUCCAUCAUAGUUUUUUUUUUUUUCCAUUCAUGGUGUUAUGGUCUUUCAAACUUUGAUAUUGACUACACCUUUUACGUUUCUUUUAAUCUCUUUUGGGGCUAUCCUUCUCUUUGAGGUAUUCAUACUACAUGGAAAAAGGGUGGUAAAGAGGGUGAAAUUGUGUCAUCUAACUUUUGCUAUGACAACUAGGAACUUUUGCAUUCUCAUGUAAUACUACAACUAGCUUAAGAGAGCGGCUCAAUGAAUGUCAAGGCUUAAAAUGAAAUUUAAGAGGAGAUUUUUUAAAUUAAUUAAAUAGUUUUAUUGAAA